AUGGCGGAAGCAUCUACGCUNGAAGUGGUCCAAGGUACAGCUGAAGCGAAGAAGGCGGCGUACCUGACGUUAGUAGGGAGCACAUGUGAGGAGGAGAGGAGAGCGUGCAUGGAGUGGUAUAAGGUAUCUAGGAAAGAAGCUAAGCUGGCUGUCACGGAAGCUAAGAUUGCGACUUAUGGUCGUAUGUACGAGGAACCGGGGAAAAGGCGGGAGAAGAAGUUAUUCCGGCUGUCCAAGACUAGAGGGAUAAAGGAUCGGGAUUUGGAUCAAGUGAGGUGUAUCAAGGACGAGGAUGGUAAACUGGAGCAUUUCGAGAGUCACCGUGACUUCAGGUACUGCAGGCGCAUCAAGGUUGAUGAGGUCGUGGGAGCUAUGCGUAAGAUGAGUAGCGCCAGUGUGAUCGGGCCAGAUGAAAUUCCGGUUGAAUUAUGGAAGUAUUAA